GGGUGUGGUUUGUUUCAUAACGUCAAUCACACACAAGGCGUGACUAAGCAAUUUCAACAACUUCAGUAACAGUAAAACAAAGCGGUAUUGAAAACCUAUUUGUUUCGAAAAUUCGUUUCGUAUGCGUAUAUAUUUUACAUACUUCCUAAUAUUUAUUACAUUUAAAUUCGCGAAAUGUACGUAAAGCCGCUGUGCGUGCUCUGAGAUUGAUUGGUUACGUCUGCAGGAAUCAUGGCGUCCUGACGUCUUAAGCUGAGUUUUGUUAUCCAGCACUGAAGUAUGCAGAAAUGUGUUAGCCGGUGUGCCCUUACAGCGAGUUAUCUUCCGAUUUUAUGAUAUUGUCCACGGUUUUCGGUCGAAGUAUUAGACGUGUGUCGACUCUGUCCAUCAGAAUGAGUGAUCCGGCUGUCAAGAGGGUGGUGAGUGAUAUCAUUCGCUCUCCAGAAGACAAACGGGAGUAUCGAGGACUCGAGUUUACAAAUGGUCUGAAAGCCAUUCUCAUCAGUGACCCCACCACUGACAAAUCAUCAGCUGCCCUGGACGUCCACAUGGGCUCUUUGUCAGAUCCUGAGAACAUUUCAGGCCUGGCCCACUUCUGCGAGCACAUGCUGUUUCUGGGCACUGAGAAGUAUCCCAAAGAGAACGAGUACAGCCAGUUUUUGAGUGAGCAUGCCGGCAGCUCGAACGCCUUCACCAGCGGAGAGCACACCAAUUACUACUUUGAUGUAUCCCAUGAGCAUCUGCAAGGGGCGUUGGACAGAUUUGCCCAGUUCUUCCUCUGUCCCCUGUUUGAUGAGAGCUGUAAGGACCGAGAGGUGAAUGCAGUGGACUCUGAACAUGAGAAGAACCUCAUGAAUGACGCAUGGCGGUUGUUUCAGUUGGAGAAAGCCACUGGGAACCCAAAACACCCUUUUAGCAAAUUUGGAACCGGCAACAAGUUAACCCUUGAGACCAGGCCAUCUCAACAGGGCAUUGAUAUCCGCGAGGAGCUGCUAAAGUUUCACUCUACCUAUUAUUCCUCCAACCUGAUGGGAUUGUGUGUGCUGGGCAGAGAGACGCUGGAUGAAUUGACAUCAAUGGUGGUGAAGCUUUUCGGAGAGGUGGAGAACAAGAAUGUCCCUGUCCCAGAAUUCCCUACACAUCCUUUCCAGGAGGAACACCUGAGGCAAUUCUAUAAAGUGGUGCCAAUCAAGGACAUCAGAAACUUGUAUGUGACCUUCCCUAUACCAGACCUGCAGAAGUACUACAAAUCAAAUCCGGGUCAUUAUCUUGGCCACCUGAUUGGACACGAGGGUCCAGGCAGUCUUUUGUCUGAGCUCAAAUCUAAAGGAUGGGUGAACACUCUAGUUGGAGGCCAGAAAGAAGGAGCCAGAGGAUUCAUGUUCUUCAUUAUUAAUGUGGAUUUGACAGAAGAGGGGCUGUUGCAUGUCGAGGAUAUCAUCUUCCACAUGUUUCAGUACAUUCAGAAGCUGCGGACGGAGGGCCCUCAGGAGUGGGUCUUUCAGGAGUGUAAGGAUUUGAACACCGUGGCUUUCCGAUUUAAGGAUAAGGAACGUCCUCGUGGAUACACGUCUAAAGUGGCUGGACUUCUGCAUUACUAUCCGCUGGAAGAAAUUUUGGCUGCCGAAUACUUGCUGGAAGAGUUCAGGCCAGACCUCAUUGAGAUGGUGCUUGAUAAACUGAGACCAGAGAAUGUCAGGGUUGCAGUUGUCUCCAAAUCAUUUGAAGGACAGACUGAUCGGACUGAGGAGUGGUACGGCACACAGUAUAAACAAGAAGCCAUUACUGAUGAAGCUAUUAAGAAAUGGGACAAUGCAGACCUCAACGGAAAGUUUAAACUGCCAAUGAAGAAUGAAUUUAUCCCCACAAACUUUGAGAUUUACCCUCUAGAGAAGGAUUCCCCAUCUGCCCCCACUUUAAUAAAGGACACUGCAAUGAGCAAAGUUUGGUUCAAACAAGAUGACAAGUUUUUCCUGCCUAAAGCUUGUUUAAACUUUGAGUUUUUCAGUCGCUACCUUUAUGCAGACCCAGUGCACUGCAACAUGACUUACCUGUUUCUCAGGUUGUUGAAGGAUGAUUUGAGAGAGUAUACAUAUGCAGCCCGCCUGGCAGGGUUGGUCUAUGGCAUAGCCUCAGGAAUGAAUGCCAUCCUUCUGUCAGUCAAGGGUUAUAAUGACAAGCAACACAUCCUGCUGAAGAAGAUCAUUGAGAAAAUGGCCACGUUUGAGAUCGAUGAGAAGCGGUUUGAUAUCAUUAAGGAAGCGUACAUGAGGUCUUUGAAUAACUUCCGCGCUGAGCAGCCUCACCAGCACGCCAUGUAUUACCUCCGUCUGCUCAUGACUGAAGUGGCCUGGACCAAAGAUGAGCUCAGAGACGCUCUGGAUGAUGUGACGUUACCUCGUCUGAAGGCGUUCAUACCGCAGCUGUUGUCACGGUUACACAUUGAAGCACUUCUGCAUGGCAACAUAACCAAACAGUCAGCUCUGGAAAUGAUGCAAAUGCUGGAAGACACUCUCAUUGAGCAUGCUCACACUAAACCCCUUCUACCGAGUCAGCUGAUUCGCUACAGAGAGGUGCAGGUUCCUGAUGGUGGUUGGUAUGUAUACCAGCAGAGGAACGAGGUUCAUAAUAACUGUGGGAUCGAGAUUUACUAUCAGACUGACAUGCAGAACACCCAUGAGAACAUGCUGCUGGAGCUCUUCUGUCAGAUCAUCUCUGAGCCAUGCUUCAACACGCUACGCACCAAAGAACAGCUGGGUUAUAUUGUGUUCAGUGGGCCUCGCAGGGCCAAUGGGGUGCAGGGUCUGCGCUUCAUCAUCCAGUCUGAAAAAGCUCCCCACUACCUGGAGUCUCGUGUAGAGGCUUUCCUGAAGACCAUGGAGAAGAGCGUGGAGGAGAUGGGAGACGAGGCCUUUCAGAAACACAUCCAGGCACUGGCCAUUCGCCGUCUUGACAAACCCAAGAAGCUGGCGGCCGAGUGUGCAAAGUACUGGGGAGAGAUCAUCUCACAACAGUACAACUUCGACAGGGAUAAUAUUGAAGUGGCUUACCUGAAGACACUGACAAAGGAACACAUUAUGCAGUUUUACAGGGACUUGUUGGCCAUUGAUGCCCCCAGAAGACAUAAAGUGUCUGUGCAUGUGCUGUCUAGAGAGAUGGACUCUUGUCCACUGGUCGGAGAGUUUCCUGCUCAAAAUGAUGUCAAUCUGGCUCCUGCUCCAUCACUUCCUCAGCCAUCAUUGGUUCAGGAUAUGACUGAGUUCAAGAGGAGUCUGCCGCUGUUUCCCCUCACCAAACCUCACAUCAACUUCAUGGCUGCCAAACUGUGACCAGCAUCAUGGGAUUGUCAGAGACGCCCCAAUAUGGAGCCAGUAACACCAUAGUCUGUGUGUGAGAGUGUUUCUCUCUGUGUGUAUGUGUGCCUGUGUGCGUGCGUGCGUGUGUGUAAGCAGGUAUGGCCACAGCGCUGCUGCCUGUAACCCUUUCCGUUGUGCUCUGCGUCAGACAUGCUCACCUGAUUAUCUCAUAGAUACAAAGAAAACAUGCAAUGGUUGGUUCAUGUUGCUUCUGUCAGGAAAUUUGUAUAUCUGUGUACUUUAGGAAUCACUUGCUGGCCACGACAACAGUUCAUGUCCAAAUGCUGUUUCAUUAAUCUACACCACUGUUUAGGAAAAAACACAAGAAACUGCCUGGAGAGGCUUGUUCAGAGAAGUCUCUCCUGAAAAGGAAACGAAACUGGCCUUAAAAUGAUUUUAAUCAGCGAUCAGGUUUUUCUGGCACCUUUUUUAAAACGUUUAAUUUAAGUCAUUUGCUUUUGAGUUGUUUUUAGGUUCUGUGCAUGUUGGCAGAGUUUUAUCUUUAAGGAUGGUGAUUGUAAAUGCAAGGUGGUCACAACUUGAUGGACUUUUUGUUUUAUUUGAGUUUGAAAAAAUAUAAUAAACCAUUUUUAAUAUAAUUUUCUUUUCAGUUACUUUUGUCCUUUUAAAAAUUUCAUAAUAUACACCAAACCUGUUUUUUAAGCUAAACUCGGUUUCAUAAUAGUUUGUGAAAACCUUAAGAAUGUUGUUUGUUUUUUCUUAAUAAAAAGUUUAAACUUAAUUUAUUUUUUUGGAAAUAAUUUUUUCAUCUCCCUAGUGUUUAAAAGUGUUAACUCAACUGUUUAAUCCAUUCAGCCAAUCUCCAAGUCUGACGGGAACACUUUUAGCUUAGCAUAAAUCGUUGAAUUGGAUUAGACCAUUAGCAUAUUGCUCAAAAAUCAACAAAAGGAAUGUUAUUUAGAUCUUGACCCAUCUGUUGUUACAUUGUGUGCUUUGACUGAAAAUGAAAAGUUGCUGUUUUCUAGGCUGAUAUGGCUCAGAAUUAUACUCCUCAUGACAUAAGGAAGGAACUUUGAUUAAAGUUGGUGGACUUUCGUGCGCUAAGCCUAGCUAGAUUUAGAAUUAAAUCAACUUUUCAGUUUUUGUCACGCUUAAAAUUGAAAAAUAUUAUAAGCUCAUUUGAUCAUUCCAAAGCAAGAUGCUAAUGGUCUAAUCAAAUUCAAUGAUUUAUGCUAAGCUAAACUAAAAGUGCUCCGGCCAUGGAUUACAGAUGGGACACUCCACUGUUUUUUUGGAAAUACUCAUUUUACAGUUAAAGAGAUGAGCUUUACCAUUUUUUGAUCAGUUCAGCCGAUCUCUAGGUCUGGCGGGAACACUUCGCUUAGCAUAGAUCAUUGAAUCGGAUUAGACCAUUAGCAUCUUGCUUAAAAAAUGACCAAAUGGAUUUUUCUUAUUUAGAUCUUGACUUAUCUGUAGUUACAUUGUGUACCAAGACUGACUGAAAAUGAAAAGCUGCUGUUUUCUAGGCUGAUAUGACUUGGAAUUAUGCUCCAAUUUAAGUUCCUUGAUUAUUAUGUCAUAAUGAAAGUUGGCACUGUGCCUAUUGGUCUACAACAGUGGUGCCUAAACUCAUUCCUGGAGGGCUGGUGUCCUGCAGAUUUAAACUCUCUAAAUUGCCUCAACACACCUGUGCGAAUGUUUCUAGAAAGCCUAGUAUAAGCUUGAUUAGCUAGGGUGUGUUUGAUUGCUUUUGGAAUUAAGCUUUGCAGGACAUGGGCCCUCUAGGAGUUUGGGCACCCCUUGCCUAGAAAAUAUCAACUUUUAGUUUCCCGUUGAUCUUGAUACAUGAUGUAACUCAUGCUAAUCAUGCUUGAAAUUGGAAAAUGUUUGAAACUUAUUUUGUCAUUUUAAAGCAAGAUGCUAAUGGUCUAGUCCGAUUCAAUGAUCUAUCCUAAGCUAAGCUAAAAGUGCUCCUGCCAGGCCUGAAAAUGGCAAAACCCAACUGUUUAACUCUAAGGGAGUUGUACAAGAAGUGUACAAAAAAGUGGAGUGUUAGUUCAGAAAUUCACACCAUUAAAUUCAUUUGAAUUAAACAAAGGCAUCUUGUGUCGCACGAAUGAUGCUGAUUGUAAUUUCUGAGAUGCUUGCUUUGAUCCACAUAAUAUAUGAGAUGUUAUAGAGCUCUCCUUUAGCUGGGUUUAUUUGAUCUCUGAUGUCUUGUGAUUAUGCACUCUUCACAAGCAAUAACAUGACUUAUCGGACCUAAGACUAGUGUCUUAAACUCUACCAGCUGUUGUUUUUGACACGGUUUGAGCUUAGUUUCGAGAAAUAAGUUGGAAGUUGGUCUGUGCUCAGAAAACCCUGUCUGAAGGCUGUAAUUUAUCCUGCAGCGUCGCAGGAACAUCAUGUUAGUUUGUAACUUGUGCGCGUGUCCUCAUCUCAGGUGUGUGUGUGUUAGCGUUGACCAAGUAUUCUUCAUUACUUGUCUUUCUACUGCUGAGAUUUAUUCUGGACUUACUCAGGCGUUUCAAAUCGACUGUAAUGCUGCAUUUUUUUUUAGAAACCUGACCAGUCUCCAUGUCAAAAUAAUCGUUCUCAGCAAAUCAGCCACUUUGAUCUGGGUUUGGUUGUUCCUGUAAGAUGGAUAUACUCAGGCAUCUCACUGCAUAGGUGUUUGGUUUUUAAUUCAUAGAAGUAGUUCAUUCAGAAGUGUAAAUGAAGUUGUUGUUUUUAUUUCUUUCACAUGGUGAAUCCUGACAUCUUUCUUUUGAAGGAGGACUUUUUUAUUUUAUUUUCCAUGCCAUAAAAGUUAACAGGAAACCAGAUAAAUUUUUAAAUCUGUAAAAUUAACUUGUGCAAUAUAGUUUAAGUCUUCUGAAGCCUUUUGAUGGUUGUGAAAUGAACAAGUUUGUAGCAAAAACGCUGGGAAAAUAAUUGUGCAGGGCAUAAAAAAGGCCUAUAAUUAAACUGAAGUGUCACAAGUAAUGCAAAAAAUAAUUUACAAUGUCUGUUUUGCUGCUUAAAUAACUCCAAAUUAAAAAUUGGUUAAAAUUAUAAUUAAAAAUUAUUAUAAAAAUUAUAAAAAUUAUUUUAAUUAUACUGAAAGUAAAUAUAAGCUGAAAAGUGACAGCUUCUUUAAAAUGUUAUAGCAUGUUGUAUAUUUUAAGUAAUUAAUAUUUGUCUGUCCAGUACAGUCAUAUCAUAUGGCUUCAGAAGAUUUAGAAUAUAGUUGAUCAAGUCGUAUGGACGUGCUUUUAUGCUACUGUAUUUAAGCUUAAAAGAUAAAGUCCAUCUGAAUAAGAAAGCUGUCACUUGAGUUUUUCCAAACCAUCAUGAGGAAUAAAUAUGGGGUCCACACCAUCAAAUAAUCACUGUUUGGUUUAAAAACGACAAACAAAAAACUUCUGUUAUGUUUGUAAGGACAUGAAUGUAAUGACAGUAUAUCUUCAUCAUUAAUUCUGGGUCGAUGAAUGUGUUUAUUGUAUGGAAAAUGCAGCUUGGACAUUCUGCUAAACGUCUUGUUUCAUUAAAUAAAGGUAAUACAGGUUUGGAAUGGCUCAAGGGUGAAGGAAUUGCUUUGCUAUAUUUAUUUACAUUUUAACAGGUGGGUGGGAUGAACUUUUAGAUUCUGUUUUAAUCCAAAGAUGCAUUUUCGCAUGCAAUCGGAGCAUCUGUUGCACCCUGAAUCCCUUUAAACUAGAAUCAGCUCCGAGUUUCUGUAGGUCAGUGACUGAAACAGAUGCUUAUGAUUGUUCACCAUCCCCUUUAACCUGAUGUCACGUUGUUUGCUCAUACUGUGGUCAACAGUAGACAGAAUUUUUAGAGAUCUAAUCUAGAAGAGCAGGCUUUAAUGAGCGUAACUCUGCAUGAACGAGUCAAAGAUUGUUGCAUUCUGGUCCAAGUCUGGGCUUUUAUUGGUUGAGAUUACUCUUGCUGACUGUUGCAUUCAGUUUAUUAAAUGGUUUUGAAGUUCGACAGAGCACUGGGGAAUGUGUAUCUGCAGAAGAGCUUUCUUUGUUUUAUUAUAAUUAAACAAUUGAAUCAA